AUGCCUCCCGAUCGCAUUUCCAACGCCAUUGACAACUUGAUUGCGCACAUCGUCCCUCGAGACCCUACCCAAGACGACCAGGCCGCGCAGCAGCACCAUGACACCUGCUUCGAGCUCGCCAAGUCUUUGAUAGACAACAACCCUGCCUCCCCCGCUGUCGUAGCGGACGUCAACCAUGCCUCCGAUUUGAUCAAGCGCAAACUGAUCAAAACCGAUCCCAACCAGGCACUCCAGUUCUCGAACCUGUACUCGAAGCUCUUGUCGCUUCCCGUUCUUGAAAACAAAUGGGCCAUUUUGUACAUGCUGUACCAGCUCGCCGACUCGCCGGACCCAAGCGAACCUCUCCCUCUCAGUCCCAUCAAGCCUUCGGCGCCCAACUACCGCGAAGCAAUCAGCAGAGAUGCGCUCCGGCGACAUGGACGCGAAAGCACGAGGGCACAGGGUCCACUGCCAAACUCAGACGAAGGACAAUUCAGAGAAGCGUUCCAGCAACAUGGUCUUGAAAAGUUCCCGCAGAGGGAAGCAGACCUAAAACCGGCGCAGCCUGAUGCUGUUCCUGGUACACCGAAGCGCGACGUGUCUUUGAAAUCGACGCUUCUCGCCAACAAUUACACAGACAUAGAUCCACCCGAGGCUGCGAUCCUACGAGAUCUUCCUUUCACGUUUCAGGGCGUUUCUUCGACGACUCUCCCCUUCACAAAGCAAGAUACGCUGCAGCUGCCUCCAACUCUCCCACUUCCAAUUGUGUCACUGCUGCACACCCUCGCUGAGCCAUCGCUUCUAUACCGUCGGCUCGACUCUUUCUGCAAAAGUCCAGCAAAGGGACUCUUGGGCCAAAGCCUUCGUGCUGCUGUCGGCGGUGAGCUCAGGGCCUAUCUGACCCUCAUCGCCACCUUGGAGGGACAGAUACGCAGGGCUCUUGCUGUCAUUGAUGAUUCCGCACCCAGGGGCGGCAUCGGCAAAGCUGGGGUCACCCUGAAGCGCUGUGUGGUCUGGACGAGGGAGGCUACCAUGGGUCUGAGACUGUUGUGCCUCAUUGCCGAAGAGUCGGAAAAGAAAAAGGGCGGUCAGCUUAUUUCUCUGAUUCACGGGUUCUCGUCGUCACACGGUGAUCCACUGGUGGCCGCCUUUGCCGAGCGGUUGUUAGGCAGCUUUACCCGCCCGUUCUACGAUUUCCUCCGGCAUUGGAUCUACGACGGCGAACUGUCCGAUCCAUAUCUGGAGUUCUUCGUCAGAGAGCAGGCUCCAAAUGCGGAUCCAAAAGGCAAGGGGAAUGGCAAUGUCUGGGAGGACAGAUUCGAAAUCGACAAGGAGAUGAUCCCGAGCAUUAUCACCCAAGACUUUGCGCAAAAGGUCUUUCUCAUUGGCAAGUCUCUCAACUUUGUCCGACAUAGCUGCAACGACUCUCUGUGGGUUGAGAACUACUCCAAAGAUGCCUCGAAAGAGUUGAGGUACGGCGACACCACGACGCUCGAGGCCUGGAUAGACGAGGCGCAUAAGACGACCAUGAAGCGACUGAUACACCUGAUGGCCGACAAGUUCCAUCUGUUUGAGCACUUGCAAGCCCUCAAGAACUACAUUCUACUGGGGCAGGGCGACUUUAUCGCCCUUCUCAUGGAGUCUUUGGCGCCCAACCUGGACCGCCCGGCUGGCGCACAGUAUCGACACACCCUGACAGCGCAACUAGAGCACGCUAUCCGUGGAUCAAACGCACAGCAUGAUUCGCCCGAGGUUCUGCGGCGCCUCGAUGCUCGAAUGCUGCAACUCUCGCACGGUGAUAUCGGGUGGGAUUGCUUCACGCUCGAGUACAAGAUUGACGCGCCUGUCGAUGUCGUGGUGACGGAAUGGGGCAACCGACAGUACCUCAAGGUCUUCAACUUCUUGUGGCGCAUCAAGCGUGUCGAGUUCGCAUUGCUGACGACUUGGCGCAAGUGCAUGACGGGGGCGCGCGGUGUGCUCCAAAGCAGUGAUGAAACGGUGGCACAGACGUGGAAGUCGACACGCGGCACACUGGCCGAGAUGAUACACUAUGUUGGGCAGCUGCAGUACUACAUUCUGUUUGAGGUCAUUGAGUCCUCGUGGGGCGAGCUCCAGAAGCGCAUCACCAAGGAGGACUGCACGCUCGACGAUCUGAUCAAGGCGCACACAACCUAUCUCAACGACAUUACGCACAAGGGCCUCCUGGGCCCGAAGAGACGCGUUCAUGGCACGGCGGACGAUGAUGAUCGGACAUCGUACCUCGCCCAACUAGGCGACAUACUCCGCUUCAUGCUCAACUACCGCGACUCAGUUGACGGCCUCUACAGCUGGUCCGUGUCGGACUUUACGCGUCGUCAGGAGGCCGAUGUCCGGAGCACGCUGGAGCGCCAGGAGGAUGACCACUUCCCCGGCUCGACCAGCGUGGCGUCCGAGUUCCCGGCGUUACAAGAACGGCUACGGCAUCUAGGCUCGUCCUUCCGCACCAGGUUGCAGCUGCUACUGGGCGAUCUGGCGUACCAACCUGAUGUGGACAUGAGGUUUCUGGGCGUGGCCAUGAAUUUCAACGACGUGUAUCAGCCGGCGAGGCGAAAGGCCAAGACCACGGCGGCGUCGGCGUCAGCGAACACGUCAAAGGCAUAA